GCUCCCGGCGACCACUUACUCUUAUUUGGGAUUUUUCUUCCUUUUUUUUUUAAACAUUUUCUUUAAAAGCCAUAGACUUCAAAUCUGCAAAUUCCAGAGGACGUGGGAGGAAGAUGGGUAGAGGGGAGGGUCGGGAGUACUCGCCAGCUGCGACAAAUGCGGACAAUGGAGGGGGCAAGAAGAAACAGAAGGAGAAGGAAAUGGAUGAGCUCAAGAAGGAAGUCACUAUGGAUGAUCAUAAACUUUCUCUUGAAGAAGUGUCGCAAAAAUAUGGCACUGACCUGGCCAAGGGUCUCACAAACACACGUGCUGCUGAAAUUCUGGCAUCAGAUGGCCCCAAUGCCCUCACACCUCCUCCCACUACCCCAGAGUGGGUAAAGUUUUGCCGUCAGUUGUUUGGUGGAUUCUCCAUCUUGCUGUGGAUCGGAGCAGUUCUUUGCUUCCUGGCCUAUGGAAUUACAGUCGCCAUUGAGGAUGACCCCACCAAUGACAAUCUCUAUUUGGGGGUGGUCUUAGCUGUUGUCGUCAUUGUCACCGGAUGCUUUUCUUAUUACCAAGAGGCAAAAAGUUCUAAGAUCAUGGAUUCCUUCAAAAACAUGGUGCCCCAGCAAGCUCUUGUAAUUCGUGAAGGGGAGAAGCUGCAGAUUAAUGCAGAGGCUGUUGUAGUUGGGGACCUAGUGGAGAUCAAAGGAGGAGACCGAAUUCCUGCAGACAUCAGGAUCAUCUCAUCCCAAGGGUGCAAGGUGGACAACUCCUCACUGACUGGAGAAUCAGAGCCACAGACUCGCUCCCCAGAAUUCACCCAUGAAAACCCUCUGGAGACCAGAAAUAUCUCCUUCUUCUCAACUAACUGUGUGGAAGGGACAGCUCGUGGUAUUGUCAUUUCUACAGGAGACCGCACCGUGAUGGGCCGUAUUGCCACCCUGGCUUCAGGCCUGGAAGUAGGCCGCACACCUAUUGCCAUGGAGAUAGAGCACUUCAUUCAUAUAAUCACGGGAGUGGCCGUCUUCCUCGGUAUCUCGUUUUUCGUCCUUUCCCUCAUCCUUGGAUACUCUUGGCUGGAAGCCGUGAUAUUUCUCAUUGGUAUCAUAGUAGCCAACGUGCCUGAGGGUCUUCUGGCCACAGUCACGGUGUGCUUAACCUUGACAGCGAAGAGAAUGGCUCGUAAGAAUUGUCUUGUAAAGAACCUUGAAGCUGUAGAAACUCUGGGGUCCACAUCAACCAUCUGCUCUGAUAAGACGGGAACAUUGACACAGAACCGAAUGACUGUUGCUCAUAUGUGGUUUGACAACCAAAUUCACGAGGCGGACACCACCGAGGACCAGUCAGGGACAACAUUUGAUAAACGAUCUCUCACUUGGACUGCACUGUCUCGGAUUGCUGGACUCUGUAACCGCGCCGUCUUUAAAGUGGGCCAGGAAAAUAUUCCUAUCUCCAAGAGGGAAACAGCAGGAGACGCCUCAGAAUCAGCUCUUCUGAAGUGCAUCGAGCUUUCCUGUGGCUCAGUAAGAACGAUGAGGGACAAGAACCCUAAAGUGGCUGAGAUCCCAUUUAAUUCGACAAAUAAAUAUCAGUUAUCUUUUCAUGAAUGUGAAGACAGUCCUGAUAGUUAUAUGAUGGUCAUGAAGGGAGCACCAGAAAGAAUUCUUGAUCGCUGCUCUUCUAUUAUGAUGCAUGGUCAGGAACAACCUCUGGAUGAAGAGAUGAAAGAAGCCUUCCAAAAUGCAUACUUUGAACUGGGAGGACUGGGCGAAAGGGUCUUGGGUUUCUGCCAUUCCCAUCUGCCCGCUGAGACGUUCCCGCGUGGAUUCAAGUUUGACACUGAUGAAAUUAACUUCCCAAUCACCAACCUGUGCUUCGUAGGACUCAUUUCUAUGAUAGAUCCACCCAGGGCUGCUGUUCCUGAUGCUGUUGGCAAGUGUCGCAGUGCUGGCAUCAAGGUCAUCAUGGUAACCGGAGACCAUCCCAUUACUGCCAAAGCAAUCUCCAAAGGUGUAGGUAUUAUCUCCGAGGGGAAUGAGACUGUGGAGGACAUUGCGGCUCGGCUUAACAUCCCAGUGAGCCACGUCAAUCCCAGGGAAGCCAAAGCAUGUGUCAUCCAUGGCUCUGACCUGAAGGACAUGACCUCAGAACAGUUGGACGACAUACUGAAGAACCAUACAGAGAUCGUGUUUGCCCGGACAUCACCACAACAGAAGCUCAUCAUCGUGGAGGGUUGUCAGAGACAGGGCGCUAUAGUUGCUGUGACAGGUGAUGGUGUCAAUGAUUCUCCAGCUCUGAAGAAGGCAGAUAUCGGGGUGGCCAUGGGCAUAGCAGGGUCUGAUGUCUCCAAGCAAGCGGCAGACAUGAUCCUCCUGGAUGAUAACUUUGCUUCCAUUGUGACUGGAGUGGAGGAAGGCCGCCUGAUUUUUGACAACUUGAAAAAAUCCAUUGCUUACACUCUGACCAGUAACAUCCCGGAGAUCACGCCAUUUUUAUUCUUCAUCAUCGCUAAUAUCCCUCUUCCUUUGGGCACAGUCACCAUUUUGUGUAUUGAUCUGGGCACAGACAUGGUACCUGCCAUCUCACUGGCCUAUGAAGCUGCAGAGAGUGACAUAAUGAAGAGACAACCCAGGAACCCACGGACGGAUAAACUGGUGAACGAGCGUCUUAUCAGCAUGGCAUACGGGCAGAUUGGUAUGAUCCAGGCCCUUGGUGGGUUCUUCACCUACUUUGUAAUCCUGGCGGAGAAUGGUUUCUUGCCCUGUCAGUUGCUGGGCAUACGUUUGGACUGGGACGAUCGGUCAAAUAACGCCGUAGAAGACAGUUAUGGACAAGAAUGGACCUACGAGCAGCGGAAAGUGGUGGAGUUCACCUGUCACACAGCGUUCUUCGCCAGCAUCGUAGUCGUCCAAUGGGCUGACCUGAUCAUCUGUAAAACCAGAAGGAACUCUGUCUUCCAGCAAGGCAUGAAGAACAGGAUUCUGAUAUUUGGUCUCCUGGAGGAGACGGCGCUGGCCGCAUUCCUGUCCUACUGUCCUGGAAUGGAUGUUGCCCUCCGAAUGUAUCCACUGAAGGUGACAUGGUGGUUCUGUGCCUUCCCGUACAGUCUGCUCAUAUUUCUAUAUGAUGAGGUCCGCAAACUGAUCUUACGCCGUGAUCCUGGAGGAUGGGUGGAGAAGGAGUCAUACUACUAAAGACUUACUGCUAGAAGAAGAUGCCAUGCUGGAAGGCUACAUAUGCUGUAGACAUACUGAGACAAUGAUAUCCACUUUAUAUACUUAUGGUGGGGGUGUUUUUUUUAAUACCAUGUAGAUGCUUGAGACUUGUACUCUGGUCACCACCCCAGCCAUGGAAAUUAAUGUUACAUUCAUAUGUAGUUCUAGCAAAAACUGGCAGAUAGGUAUAGCGGAAGCCACACUAUUAACCCCUGUGUCACUAACCACAGUGCCCACAGUGGGCUCCUGACAGCUCCUCCGAGUUGACCUGUACUGUGAUCCUCCUAUUCUUCCUGUUCUGCCAAGGUGUAUCAAACAUAUGUACUUCUCCUAAACUUUAUAAAACAUAUAUGUUCAUAA